AUGUGCUUCGGAAGCAGGAAGAAGGACGAUGGUGGCAUCUCUCGGUCGCGCGAGCUCGAUCGGAUAAUCCGGCAAGACGAGAAGCGGAUGGCAAAGGAGGUUAAGCUGCUAUUACUCGGAGCCGGAGAAUCUGGAAAGUCUACGGUAUUAAAGCAGAUGAAGUUGAUUUACGCCCAAGGUUUCAGCAAAUCCGAAAAGCUCGAGUGGAAACCCGUCGUGUUCAACAACGUCGUGCAGGCCUUCCAGGUUAUCCUCGAAGCUAUGAACGAGAUGGAUAUUCACUUCGAGAACCCUGAGAACGAGAAGAACAUGGCGCACGUGCUAGUCGAACAAGAAAUUCACCCCAACGAGCCAUUCCCCCAAGAUUUCCUCGAGCCCAUCAAGGCGCUCUGGCAAGAUGAGGGCGUUCGCAAGGCCAUUGAUAAGGGCAACGAAUAUGCCCUGCAUGACAAUCUCUCAUACUUCUGCGAUGACAUCGACCGCCUUUGGGCUCAAGACUACAUCCCCACAGACCAGGAUCUCCUCCGCUCGCGACUCCGAACGACGGGUAUUACCGAAACCGUGUUUGACCUUGGCCAAUUAACAUACCGAAUGUUCGAUGUUGGUGGCCAACGGUCCGAACGAAAGAAGUGGAUCCACUGCUUCGAAAACGUCAACUGUCUUCUCUUCCUCGUUGCGAUCAGCGGUUACGAUCAGUGCCUUGUAGAAGACAAGGAUGGCAACCAAAUGAAUGAGGCUUUGAUGCUCUGGGAAUCGAUCGCGAACUCGCAUUGGUUCGCCAAGUCGGCGCUAAUCCUGUUCCUCAACAAGAUGGAUCUGUUCAAGGAGAAGCUCUCCAAGAGCCCCAUUACCGAUCACGGCUUCACCGACUACCACGGACCUAAAGACGACUGGAAGGCGGCGAGCAAGUACUUCUUGGAGAAGUUCCGGGCACUAAACCGGAAUAGCGAAAAGGAGAUUUACGGCCACUUCACGAACGCGACAGAUACGAAUCUGCUGAAGAUUACGAUGGGAUCGGUACAAGACAUGAUUAUCCAGCGCAACCUGAAGCAACUGAUACUUUGA